UAACAGCGCCAUCCAAAUGAAGCCGGUAAUCAACGCUGAUGAUUCUGAUGUGGAACGAGGUGUACGAGAUACGGACACAGGAGUGUCGUUCAAAAAAGAGCAUUCUUUGGUGAAAAGACUUGGAUCAGCAGUCUUUUACGGCACUGCAUCAUUUUUAUUAAUGGUAGUGUGCAAGGUAGUCCUUACAAAGUACGGGUUUCCAUCUGCUCGAGUGAUUGGUCUCGGACAAAUGACAGCAACAGUGAUUAUACUGUACGCAGCCCGUCAAUGCGGAUUUAUAUUUUUUCCCGCAUACGACUCAGCUAUUGUCACUAAAGUGUGGCCAUUGCCUUUUGUGUACUUGUUCAAUGUAGUCUUCGGUCUCUCAAGUACUAAGGAGCUUUCACUGCCAAUGCUAACGGUUCUCCGUCGCUUCGCUAUUCUCAUGACUAUGCUGGGGGAACUCUAUCUGUUUGGUACCCGCCCCACAAUGGCCGUACAGCUGUCUGUCUACAGUAUGAUAUUCGGAGCUGUCAUAGCUGCCAGUAAUGAUCUGGCUUUCAGCGUUGAAAGUUACGUCCUGGUGUUGCUGAACGACUUUUUCACUGCCGCUUAUGGAGUCAUCAUGAAGAAGAAACUAGAUAUUGCAGAUCUCGGGAAGAAUGGAUUACUCUUCUAUAACUCAGCAAUGAUGAUACCAUUUAUAACAGCGCUUUCUUGGGUAGCAGGCGACCUUGAAACAACAAUGGAGUUUACAUUAUGGAAUGAUCCUUUGUUCAUUGCUUAUUUUGUUCUCUCUUGCGUAUUAGGCCUAUUUCUCAAUUACUCAAUGAUGCUUUGCACACAUUAUAAUUCUGCUCUCACUACUAUGGUAGUGGGUUGCAUAAAAAAUGUCAGCAUCACAUAUUUAGGUAUGAUAAUUGGUGGCGACUAUGUAUUCUCAUGGGUCAAUUUUUUGGGUAUUAACGUAAGUGUAGUUGGAAGUCUGGUGUAUUCGUGGGUUACGUUUAGUCAAAAACAGCCUAUAAAAACGGAAGGUGUAACCCAUGGCCUCAACAGGAGACAUGAGGGGAGUGACGCCAGUGCAUACAGCAAGACUGGUGGCCAGGCCAGAAACUGCAACUGGAGCAUUCGUGUGGGCAGCCAUGAUGAUGACAGUGACAUCAGCUGGGCUGGCCACAAAGUGGCGAUGGCAGCACUGCAGCAGCAAUGCAAGGGGCUCAGCUACAGCAUGCCGGAAUCCAACAGACUGACAAGACAGCUGGCAUCAGUGUCAACAGGGCUGGUGACGGCAGGAGGGCCAGCCAAAACAGGGCAGCAGUGA